CUGGUCAUGAUCAAUUGAGUUCCUCAAUUAAUCACAAUACCCAAAAUCUCAAUAUGUUCGCGAGACAGGCUUUCAGAGCGGCUCAGCCGUUGAGAACACAAACCCGUCGAUAUGCAACCGAACCAUCAAGCGGAGGCUCGAAUACCCUGCUCUAUGCCGGAGCUGCUGCACUGCUUGCUGGUGGAGGGUACUAUUACUACAGCCAAGGUGACAAUGCCGCAAAAGUCAAGGGUGCAGCGAAGGACGCAGAAGCCAAGGCAAAGGAUGCAGUCGCCGCAGGUAAAGCAAAGUUGGAGGGUAUCUCCGCCAAGUCUGCCUUCAAGGGUGGCGAUCAAGGAUUCAUCAGUUUGAAGCUCGAGAGCGUCGAAGAUGUCAACCACAACACCAAGAAGCUCCGCUUCGCAUUGCCCGAGAAUGAUCAAGUCAGCGGUCUGGUCAUUGCAUCUGCCAUUCUCACGAAGUUCAAGGGGCCUGAUAUGGAUAAGCCUGCGAUUCGACCUUAUACACCUGUUAGCGACGAAGAUGAAAAGGGAUUCUUGGAUCUUCUCGUGAAGAAAUACCCUAACGGUCCUAUGUCCACCCAUCUUCACGAAAUGCAACCUGGCCAAUCCCUCGACUUCAAAGGUCCAAUUCCAAAGUAUCCCUGGACACCAAAUAAGCACAUUCACGUUGCUCUCAUUGCAGGAGGCACUGGAAUCACCCCAAUGUACCAAGUGGUCCGCACGAUCUUCAACAACCCAGACGACAAGACCAAGGUCACACUCGUUUUCGCUAAUGUUAAAGAAGAAGAUAUCUUAUUGAAGAAGGAAUUCGAUGAUCUUGAGAACACCUACCCACAACGAUUCCGCGCAUUCUACGUUCUAGACAACCCACCAAAGGGAUGGAAGGGUGGAAAGGGAUUUGUUAGUAAAGAGUUAUUGAAGACAGUCCUCCCAGAACCGAAGGAGGAGAACAUCAAGGUUUUCGUUUGCGGACCCCCUGGAAUGUACAAGGCUAUCUCCGGAGUCAAGAAGUCUCCUUCAGACCAAGGAGAACUCGAUGGAAGUAUUCUUGAGCAGUUGGGCUACUCGAAGGAUCAAGUCUACAAGUUUUAGAUGCGGAUACAGCAUUUGGAAGAAUUGUACAAGUACGAUAGGAUAGAUGAUGAAUGAAAACCGCAUAGACAAAGGGCUUGGGUGCCCAG